AUGGCGAGCUCUUCCAAGAACCCACUCAAGAGGCUUGGCUUCAAGAGAACGAACACUAACGAUGGAUCAAUUCAAGGCGUCGAAGUGAACGGCAAAACUGGAGCCAGCACAGAAAUGACCGAUCUUGGCACGGGCGAGCCUGUUGUGUCCAAGAUCGCAGCUGAGUACGCCGGCGAUGUCAAGCACGACCACUCAGACGCAGUCAGGAAUAUGUCUGAGGUGGAGGCAAAUCGGACUCUGAGAUCGUUUGCCGCCGAGCAUAGCUUCGACCCUAAUUUGCCUGAUACCGCAUUCGAGGCCAUCAAGGAUGUCACGCGAGCCCACGAUCAGAAAGGCGAAGCAGUUCUGGUUGACGAGUUCGUCAAUGACUCGCCAUAUCCCGAGGUCCGCGCUGUUGUCCGCAACUACGACGAGGACCUCCCCACUUCCACCAUUCGCGCCUGGACCAUCGGCAUGCUGUUGACCACAGUUGUCUCAGGUGUCAAUGGCCUCUUCUACCUGCGGUAUCCCAUCAUCAACAUCACACCAUAUGUUGUCCAGCUGGUUGCAUAUCCUCUAGGUGUGGCCUGGGCGAAAUUCAUGCCUGAGUUUGAGUUCGCGCUAUUCGGCCUAAAAGCAAAUCUGAAUCCUGGACCAUUCAAUACCAAAGAGCAUGUUAUAAUUGUGGCAAUGGCAAAUGCUGCUUUCGGAGGUGGUACUGGCUACUUCGUGGAUACAAUUGUUUCCCUUCAGAAGUUCUACAACAUCAACAGCUUCGACUGGGGCUACAAGAUCUUGUUCGCCCUGUCCACACAGUGUCUUGGAUUCUCUCUCGCUGGUACAGUGCGUCGAUGGCUGGUAGAGCCGGCUUCCAUGAUCUGGCCCGCAGCCUUGGUCAACGUUGCGUUUAUGUACGCACUGCACGACAAGACUCCUUCUGACCCUUCGCAAACGAAUGGAUGGUCCAUCUCUCGGUACCGGUGGUUCCUGUACAUCAUGAUCGCGAUGUUUGUCUGGUCUUGGUUUCCAGAUUUUAUCAUGCCUGCUCUGUCCUAUUUCGCAUGGGUAACGUGGAUCAAGCCUAACAAUGUGAUCGUCAACCAGCUGUUUGGCCAGACAACCGGCAUCUCGCUCGGCUUCCCGUUCACUGGGUUCACGCUCGACUGGGCUCAAAUCAACGGCUUCUACGGCAGCCCUCUCAUUGCGCCUUGGCAUGCCAUCGGUAACACGUUGGUUGGCAUCAUAUUCCUCCUAUGGAUUAUUACCCCAGCGAUUCAUUAUACGGGUGCCUGGUACGCUGACUAUCUCCCAAUCAGCCAAAACGGAAUUACGGACAACACGGGAGCGACUUACAAUAUCUCGCGAAUUCUCACUCCUGAGCACAUCGUGGACCCAGCAUCUUAUGAAAAGUACUCGCCGCUCUUCUUGUCCACAUCCUUUGCGCUAGCAUAUGGAACUAGCUUUGCCAUUAUCGCGGCACUGAUCAGCCACACAUAUCUGUUCCACGGCAAAGACAUCUGGCGCCGAUGGAAGGCAUCCAGAGGCGAGCUUGACGAUGUCCACAUGAAGAUCAUGAGAAACUACAAGACUGUACCUACCUGGUGGUACAUCAUUCUCGGUCUGAUCAUGAUCGGCUUCGCGUUCGCGUCUGCCAAUGCGUAUCCAACUGGCAUGCAUGCGUCCUCUGUGGUGCUCGCUCUCGUCAUUGCCGUGGUCUGGACGAUUCCAAUCGGAAUCAUUCAAGCCAUGACCAAUAUCCAACUUGGGUUGAACGUGUUCACUGAGUUCAUCAUUGGCUAUCUCCAGCCAGGCCACCCAAUUGCCAUGAUGAUGUUCAAGACAUUCGGCUAUAUCACCAUGACCCAAGCUCUCUACUUCACCCAAGAUCUGAAACUCGGCCACUACAUGCAUGUGCCUCAGCGAUCUCUCUUCACAGCUCAGCUAGUCGCCACUGUAUGGUCAUGCUUCUGUCAAUUGGGCACGGUCGAGUGGGCUUUGGGUGCGAUCUCCAACAUCUGUACCGAGGAAGCCGCCAACUACUUCACUUGUGGCUACAUCAAGACCUUCUACAACGCCUCGGUAAUCUGGGGUGCAGUCGGUCCCAAGCACUUAUUCUCCAGUGGCGCCAUCUACCAGGACCUGCAAUACUUCUGGAUUAUCGGAUUCUUCCUGCCAUUCAUCGUCUACGGACUCGCACGUGCCUUCCCGAAGACAUCGAUUUUCAGAAAGCUGAACAUCCCACUCGUCUUCUCUUCCAUGGGAUAUGUUCCACCAUACAGCGCCAUGAAUAUUCUCGCUUACUGUUCCGUGGGCUGGAUCUUCAACAAAUAUAUUCGCGACCGUGCUCGAGGCUGGUGGAUGAACUACAAUUAUGUCACAUCAGCCGCCAUGGAUGUCGGAUUGGCGAUUUGCGCCAUCGUCAUCUUCUUCUGUGUCCAGCUUCCAGGCGGAAGUAUGGCCCCAUGGUGGGGAACGAAUGUCAUCAACACAUUCGACUACAAUGGGACGGCUGUCCAGAAGACUGUCAGCGGCGAUGAGAAGUUUGGGCCUGCGGUGUGGAAGUGGUAG